AUGUCUCUACAAGUUCCUCACGAUGAUAAAAAGCAUUUGAAACUGGACAUCCAGGACAAAGAAAAUUGUUUGCAAGAUUUUUUACUAGACGAUGACUUUGAUUCGAUUUUGUGUAACGCAGACUGGGUCCCACAAGAUACCUUAAACUUAUCCACCAUCCAACGUUGUGUCAUAUUGCAUGUAAAUACAAGCGGCAACACAAAGUGUAUACAUCUACAAAGCUCUAAAAACUACUCUUCCGAAAAAUCAUGGUGCACCGUAUCAUUCCCUUGGUCCCAACUCUCUUUACAACGAGGUGAUUAUAUAUCCAUAAGAGCCUUAUACAAUAACAAUAAAUGGAUUGUAAACGCAACCUACGGCAUUAUUGUAACCGAAAACUACUCAAUAAUAUCAAAGAAAAGUUUAUGGGAAUACAAAGGAAGUUUGAGUGAAAUGUACAAAAGAAUCGACAACGGGAGUAAAAUCAUGACCAUCAAAUCACUUGUGCAUGAGUUGUACCAAAGUUGCAUACAAAAUACCAAAGUUGAUGAUGAGUUUGUACGUAACCUGUGGAAAGGGAUAAUGCAAAAGUCUAGUACGAUACAGAUGUUGUAUCGUUCACAACUGACGAGCGAGGAGAUUAAUGGUGAGAUUGAUAAGUUUGUGCCUAAGAUUGUCGAGGUUAUGUCCAAGAAGCCUGUGGAGGUUAUGGAUAUCGAGGAGAACUUAUGGGUGCCUUCGUUAGGCUUAAAAGGUAAAAUUGAUGUCACGUGUAAAGUUACGUUGCACAAACGUGUUCCGUUGGAGUUGAAGGUGGGACGUCCAAGUUUUUCCCCGGAGCACAAAAGCCAGGUAAUUUUGUACGUAAUGAUGUUGCAGGAAUUAGGUGUGGAUGUGGAUAAAGGUUUGUUGUUGUAUUUGCGUGAGGGUGUUGUUAAGGAUGUGAAGCCUACGUGGAACGAACAACGUGAUUUGAUAAUGCUGAGGAACGAGAAAAAUUUGCAUACGAGUCAGAAAAACAUCAGGAAAUAUAUUAAAGAUAAAAGUGGACACUUAACAGAUUUGCCCGAAUCGACAUAUGUACAACCAAAUAAUUUCAAACAAAUAUCCCAACAAGCUUUGGAACAUUUAACACAGAAGCAUUUAGAUUAUUUCUUCACCUGGUGUAAACUUUUGUACCUAGAAAACUGCAUGGACGAUUCAGGAUUGACUGCAAGGUCUGUAGAGUAUUGUGAACUUACAGGUAUUUGUGCAAGUGGUUUAAAAAUCGAAGGUGAAGUCGUCCAGCACGAAGGCUCCUUUUUACAUUGUUUUGGCCGAAACAAACAAAUGCACACAAAUUUCACUCCGGGUGAUUACGUAAUGAUAACCACUCAGACACAUCACGUUGACGCAGGCUUUAUACAAUCCCUUACCCCGAACAAGAUUUUCAUCACAUUAUCCAAAAACGUAUCAGUUUUGUUUGAAAGUUGUUUGUUUAAUGUGGAUUUACACACAAGCUUGCAAAUGCUCACACUUAAUUCCGCAAAUCUUGCAACGUUUAUCGAUGAUACGGAAUACGUGGGUAAACUUAGACGUUUGAUUAUCGAUUUGGAGGCACCAAAGUUCGAUGCUGAGUUAUCCAGUACCACCAAACAAAAAGCUGCUGAUACCUUAAAGCACUUGAACACUUUACAACAACGUGCUGUGUUAAAAGUCUUAACCACACAAGACUAUUUAUUAAUUCAAGGUAUGCCCGGUACGGGCAAAACCCAAACAGUCGUCGCCCUGAUUAAAUUGCUGGUGUCUUUGGACAAAACCGUGUUGAUCACCAGCCACACGCACUCGGCAGUCGACAAUGUGUUGGUGAAACUGCACGAGGCCGGUGUGGAUUUCCUAAGACUGGGCACAAGUAAGCGUAUAAACCCCAAAAUCCAAUCCAAGAGCGAAGAGUGUCUAACCUCCAAAUGUACCACAGUGGAGCAACUGGUUAAGGUGUACAACUCUGCAAAAGUCGUCGGUGUAACUUGCUUAGGCUCGAUUCAUCCUGUGCUUGCACAAAAACGUUUCGACUUGUGCAUAGUCGACGAAAGCACCCAAGUCCUGCAAUGCACAAUUUUGCGUCCACUUUUCAGCGCUGAUAAAUUUGUCUUAAUAGGCGAUCCCGAACAAUUGCCUCCGGUUGUCCGAAGCAAAGACGCUAAGGCUCUAGGAUUCGACAAAAGCCUCUUCGAACAACUUGGUGCCUCAAACCCUGACAACAAAGUCCUACUCACCAUCCAGUAUCGUAUGAACUCCAUCAUAACAGCGUUAGCCAAUAAAUUCACCUACAACGGUUUGCUGAAGUGUGCAGACGAACAAGUCAGCUCUCGGACUAUUACGAUUAAUAAAUCUUUGGCUCGUGAUGAGUUUUCGAGUGAAAAGUGGUUGUAUGAUGUGAUAAGUGAUGAUUUAAAGGAUUCUGUGAAGUUUAUUGAUACUAGUGAGACUUGGUCAAAAUAUUAUGAUGACUUGGUGGAUUUAGGUUUGGUUCUGAAAGAUAAAAAUAUCGUAAAUCCGUGUGUGAAUAUUUGCGAGGCUAAAAUUGCUGUCUGCAUUGUCAAUGCUUUGUUAAAGGUUGGAAUAACCGCCGACCAAAUCGGCAUAAUAUCCACAUACCGCAUACAAGUCCAAUUGAUUCAAAAGUUAAUACAACAGAACUCUACAUCCUCCUCCUCUAUCGAAAUCGGCACAGUGGAGCAAUUCCAAGGCAGAGACAAAGAUAUCAUAAUAUACUCAUGUGCAUUAUCAUUUGCACAUGUAUUUAUGCGCCGUCCUAGUAGUAGAGAAAUCUUAAACGACAAAGGAAGACUGACUGCGGCCCUUACAAGGGCCAACUGUAAAUUGAUUAUGAUAGGAGACGGCCAGACGGUUUGGAACUUAUAA